GUGGUACCGGAGGUUGGGCCGGGAGGCCUGGGAUAGGCCGGGGCGGAAGGCAUGGGAGAAGUCGGGGUGGGCGGCUCGGGAAGCCUAGGGCCAGGCCCAGAGGUGGCAGCAGCAAAGCUGCUGCCCUUCCUGGCACCGGGAACGCGCGUGGACCUGCAGACGGCAGCGGUGCGGCACGUGCUGGCGCUGACUGGCUCCGGGCCGGGCCGAGAACUGCUGGCGGGGCAGGCGGCGCUGCUGCGGGCACUGGCAGAGCUGGCCGCGGCACCAGCCCCCGCCCCGGCCCGCGACGCAGCUCGCGCGCUGGUGAACUUGGCCGCCGACCCCAGCCUGCACGAACCACUGCUGGCGGCUGACCCCGGGCUGCCUGCCCGUCUGCUGGGCCGCGUGUUGGACCCGCAGUGGCCCUGGGCCGAGGAGGCGGCCGCAUCGCUGUCCAACCUGAGCCGCGAGCCAGCGCCGUGUGCCGCGCUGAUGGCAGCGUUGGCGGCGGCGGAGGAGCCGGGGGUCUCAGGCCUAGAGAGGCUGGUGCGCGCGCUGUGCACGCCUGGCUACAACCCCCGCGCGCCCUUGCACUACUUGGGGCCACUGCUGUCCAACCUCAGCCAGCGGCCUGCGGCUCGUGCCUUCCUGCUGGACCCGGACAGGUGCGUGGUCCAGCGGCUGCUGCCCCUUACCCAACACCCAGACUCUUCUGUGCGCAGAGGUGGGGUGGUGGGGACGCUGCGGAAUUGCUGCUUUGAGCACCGACACCACCAGUGGUUGCUUGGACCUGAGGUAGACAUUCUCCCUUUCUUGCUGCUGCCCCUGGCUGGGCCUGAGGAUUUUUCAGAGGAAGAGAUGGAACGACUGCCUGUUGACUUGCAGUACCUGCCUCCAGACAAGCAGCGAGAGCCCAAUGCCGACAUCCGCAAGAUGCUCAUUGAAGCCAUCAUGCUGCUGACAGCCACAGCACCAGGGCGGCAGCAGGUACGAGACAAGGGAGCCUACCUGAUCCUCAGAGAGCUGCACAACUGGGAACCAGAGCCUGAUGUGCGAGCAGCUUGUGAGAAGCUCAUCCAGGUGCUUAUCGGGGAUGAGCCUGAGCGUGGCAUGGAAAACUUGCUGGAGGUGCAGGUGCCUGAGGAUGUGGAGCAGCAGCUACAGCAGUUGGACCGCCAGGAGCAGGAACAGCUAGAGCAAGAAUGCCAGGAGCUGGCCCCAGAGCCAUGGGGUGAGAGGGCUGCACCCACCUGAGACCUCUGCAGCCCAGUGCCAUCUUCAGGCUUCUCAGACCCAGGUUCCCUACAGGGCCUCAGAUUUUGCCCUGUUAAGAGGAAGAGUUACACUUGGGCUCCUGUCUGUGCUAAGGGUUCUAGGGCAAAUGCCUGAUCAACUCUGGAGGGUUGACAGCACCUCCAACCCUGUGCCAUGUUGCUGUUAGCUAGAGCACAGGCCGUGGCUCAGCUGCCUUGAUGGGAGGAAAGAGCAGGUGAUGGCUAGUGGGGCUUGGGAAGCCAGCUAGAGCCCCAUUCCGGAGGGCAUUGCAGAGCCUGCAUGUAGGUGGAUGCCUUCGUGCAAGCACUGCCCUCAGCUCCCCCUGCCUUAGACCUGGCCUCAGAGGGCUGACCCAGCCAUACCUGGGUCCUGGGGUCUGCAUAGGACUGCCUUCUGUGUCCCUGUCUUGGCUUACAUUGAUUCUUUCCUCAGCCCCUCUGGCUGGGUGAACUCCCUGGGCAGCUUCCUUGAGCUUUAUACUGUUCCUGCCUACCUCUGCACAGAGCCUCUCAGAUGUACUUCCAGUCUGGCCUCUGGCCAGGCUCUGCCCAGUGAAGCCCACUGUGGGGUCUGGAGUCUGUGUGCUUCCCCUGUUCUAUAGCUGCAAGGCCCAUGCGUGGUCAUGGUAGCUCCCGCCCACUGUGUUCUCUUUCUGAGCCACCCAUCAGACCUCACCUGUCCUCUUUUGCAUUGGGCUCCUGAGUGCUGCCCUGCUCUUGCCAGCAGGCCCUUCAGAACCCCAGUGAAGGCACCUUAGCUUAUUUUCCUGCACUCCACUCUACACCCCUGCGAACUGGUGGCCUUUCCCACCUGUAUUCUGUUGUGCCUGGGUGAUUCAUGGGGUACCUGGCCUCUCCCCUGAUACCCUCUGACCUGCCCCAUUAAAGCUAUGGUUCUCAA